ACCUUUCCUAUUGCUUCCUAACACACAAGCAAGUCAAUCCAAACACGAUUAAACAGAAACUUGACAACCUCAAACCAUCCACACAUCAUGUCUUCCGAUAGUCUCGCACUCUUCCGCAAGAGCCUCGGUAACGAGCUCGGUGCCCUCGCAGAACAACAUUACCAACAUGACCUUCAAUCAUCCGACCGCGAAGCUCUCCAGAAAGCAGCCUCUCGCGUCUCAAUGCACACGACCAUCGGCUCCGUCGUAGGCCUCUCCCUCGGUCUCUUCCUCUCCUUCCGCCUUCGCAAGAACAGAACCACCAUGUUCAACGCCUUCCGCACAUCCGAGAAGCCCGUCGCUGUUCAGUUCGCCGGUGGCCGCACUGAGCCCCUGCCCGACCUUACACCCAUGCUCAAGCCCUCAACCCUUGGAGACAUUGCCACAUACACACUGUUCGGCCUAGGCGGUCUGUUCGUGGGAGGAGAGACUGGACUCUUGACUGGAGGAUUGAGUGCACAGAGUGCUAUUAAGAAGGAUCCUGAAGCCAAGAAGAGAAUCGAGGCUGCCUUCAGAAAGUUCAGAGCCGAGACCUUGAGGUUGGAGGCGGAUCAGCUGGAGAAGGGCGAGAGGGGUUUGGGCAUGUAGGAUAUCCUGGUCAAGGAUGUUUUGUAAUGAAUUGCUGUAUUACUACUGACGAUGGAAAUGAAAACACAUCUAAUACUCACCUUUUCCUUUUGGUGCUGGUCAAGAUGAGGCAAGGUAUAGCAAUGGUUAGGAGAAGGCUUCUGGCGUGGUAAGUAGCUACUUCCACAAAAGCAUCCCGAUGAUUGAUCAAUUCUUUAGGAGUUUCCUCGAAAUCACAAGCAUUUCAGAAGGUGCGGGCUGUCCUUUCCUAAAUCUGCUUGCUUCCACUGAUAUGCCAGGCUUAGUUUGACACUUCCUUUUUCUCCCGAUCCAUCAGCCUUGCAAUUAAUAUUUUAGCCAACCUCGAUCAU